AUGGCUACUAUAACGAUAGCUCCAACAACCGACACAUCGGAAGCGCCCCGCCAAGACCAAAAUGUCGACGUGGAAGACAUACAAUCCAUUGGAACACCGACAUACUCCGGAGACGAGACCCCGCCAUCUCAUGCUGUCAGCAUUUCUCCGCGAUGGAAUGAAUCAAAGACCAUGAUAUGGCGGUUGACCGCUACGUGCUGGUGUGCAUUUGUGAUGGGUGCCAAUGAUGCCGCAUACGGUGCCAUCAUUUCCUCUUUAGAAUCCUAUUAUCAGAAAAACUAUACUGUCAUCUCGCUCGUCUUCUUGUCGCCAUUUUUCGGUUAUGUUAUUUCCGCAAUUUUGAGCUACUCAAUCCACCAGCGUUUUGGUAGAAGAGGCAUUGCCAUCAUCGGGCCUACUUGCCAUCUACUCACAUUCGCAGUUAUAUCUGUUCACCCGCCAUUUCCAGUACUAGUGAUAAUGUACAUUCUUGUGGGGUUGGGGAGUGGUGUUCAAAACGCCGCAUGGAACGUGUGGAUUGGCAACAUGGCAAAUUCAAACGAAGUCCUCGGAUUCUUUCAUGGGUUUUACGGAGUGGGCGCUACAAUCAGUCCUCUCGUCGCGACGAGCUUAAUUUCAAAGGCGGGCUGGCCGUGGUACUCCUUUUAUUAUCUUAUGACCGGAGCGGCUGCCCUUGAAAUUGUUUACGCUGCAAGUGCAUUUUGGACCGAGACCGGGUCUAAAUACAGGCAGGAAAGCGCUGGCACUACCGUCAGAGGAGGAGCACUUCACCAGACUCGGCUUGCUCUCACGUACAAGGUCACCUGGAUCAUCGCGGUCUUCCUUUUCCUAUAUGGAGGAACAGAAGUGGCUAUUGGAGGAUGGAUCGUCGUUUUCAUGACAGACGUCCGUCAUGGCAGUGCAUUUGCGUCCGGAAUGACAGAAACGGGCUUCUGGCUUGGCGUCACAAUGGGGCGGUUCGUCCUAGGCUUCGUAUCGCCUCGAAUUGGCGAGAAACUGGCAAUCACUGUCUACAUUCUUUGUGCCAUCGCGCUCGAGCUCAUCUUUUGGCUUGUCCCGGAAUUCAUUGUUUCCGCGGUAGCGGUGUCUCUUGUCGGGUUCUUUUUAGGAACCAUAUUUCCAGGCGUCGUUGUUGUUGCGACGCGUCUUCUGCCAAAGAACCUCCAUGUAGCAGCUAUUGGGUUUGCUGCUGCAUUUUCCAUGGGUGGAGGUGCUGUUUUCCCCUUCAUGAUCGGUGCCAUUGCGCAGGCGAGGGGGAACAUGGCUUCUCAUCAUCUGGUCAAGGAGGAUAGAUUUCCCCCAUGGCAAUCCAAAGGCCGCAGAUUACGACAAUGGAUGGAAGAUUUCGAAAACGGUGAGUGCAAGAUCCGCCAGUCAUCACUAAGACUUCGUGAUUUGGAGCAGGCUAAUUGGACAAUUUGCAUCAUACCCAAGUGUUUACCAUUGAGAGAGAAUCUUCUGAUUCGUAGGGUCGGAGGUCUUCCGACCGAGUGGAAUACCGGCGACCAACGACCCCUUUACAAAAAGGUUAGUGUUCGCAGUAACCAAGAAGACAUAGAUAUUCCUGCAUUGGAGUGGUAUGGCUUUGUUGGCCCAGGUAUGUUAUCUUUAUCGUGGUCAUGUAGACCACAGGAGGACUUUGUGGUUGUUAAUGAACAAGACGAACCUUAUGUUUCGCAGAUAUCGAAAGCUGUGUACGAGAAUAGCUUUUCACUUGAAACGUUGAAGUACGUCUUCGUGACUCGCAUAGUUGACGAGGACAUAAGAAAUUGCUUGAACUACUAUAUAUCCAGUGAUCGUGAGGACCUGGUUUACCAGAGUUACGAGUAUACGGAGCCCCAGUUUGACGCCUUACUCGGCACCAAAACCGGCAAAACCGUAGCAUACCUUCUCCUCGGCGCUUUUGGACAAGGCGUGAAGCGAGUACGGAGGAUUGCCAUCAUCUCCGAGGUUGGUCAAGACUGGGAUCUACGAUUUGACAUUGAAGACGUCCCUCAGGGAGAUAAGUUUAUCUGA